AUGAGGAACCCCGUCGGCCACGACCCACCCCCGAAAUGCAGGGACGCCCCCGGGCCGCGAAGUGUCCUGAGGGGCCUCCUCCCUAACCAGCGCGCGCGGAGCCUCCGCCGCCACGCGGCUCCCUUCGCGGACCAGCAGCGCCGCCGGGUGGCCGAGCGUCCGCACUGCGCGCCGGCUUGGCCUGAGUGGCUCCGUGCGUCUGAGCCGGACCCGGGCCCUGGUCUACGCUGCCCCAGGACUCAGAGCCCUCCGCGCUCCGACGCCUGGAGAAAACACUCGGGUCUCGAGGGCUGUUUUUCACUGGAGCAGAUCCUGGGAGGAGGCAGCGGGGGCGGCGGGGGAUGGGGUCUAUUUCGGGGCUCCCUCCUGACUGGGCCACCGCCUCCUCGGAUUCGGAUUCCUGCGGUGGCGGGGCUCACCUGCGCUGAAGGCAGAGAGGAGUCGGGGAGGCACUUCCUCCAAGUGCAGAGGCACAGGAGGUUUUAG